AUGGCCCAAGACCAACAAGUGGCCGACAUCACAGACCAAGAUGUGGCUCGGGUUCAACAGAUCCGCCAGUUCCUGCCCACGACGACCAACAGUAUUGUCAACUUCGACCGCGAAGUCGUCAAGCGCGAUGCCAGGGACACGGUGAUCAUUGUCCAUGAGUCCUUUCCGAAACUAUGCCAGCUUUUUCUGGAGCACAAGGUCAGGCAUGGCAGCAACGUCGAAAGGUUUCUCUACAUGUCCCUGUCUUAUCGUCAGAUGAUCAUCCGCCUCGUCGAGAAGCGCCCUCUGUCCUUUCUCACCGCCGCAGACACCACGAAGCUUCGUGACGGGAAGGUGAUUGCCAACGCUGCCGUGUUCUGGGACCGUGUUGGCACACCCGAAGAGGACCCCAACGAGGACAUCAAGCUCGAAGACUAUCUGAGCUACGACGAGAUGAUGCUGAGCGCGCUGGUCGGGGUCUCCGGCCCGAGCUAUUUCGUGAACGAUGGCGAUAGGAACAACCGUGCCAGGCCGGGGCCGAGUGGUACAUUUGAGGAGCGCGGCGUCAUCAUCGGACUGGUCGGCGCACGAUUUGAGAGACCAGAUCGCAUGGAAGCAACCUACAUCCUGCCACCGGUCGAGAACCCCAGGAUGCAUCCGGAACUGCUGAAAAUAUGGCAGAAAUACCUUGGCAUCGCACCCACGGCACCAGAAACGACCUUCAACGAAGUGGCAUACCAGAAACGAAUUCGGAUAACCGCUGAGAUGCUCCUGUGGGAGGCCAACAGUCGUGCAGGUGCCGUGGAGAAGAAGGCUUACGUGCACAUUGUCGGCCUCGGCCUCGGCGUUUGGCAGGUGGUGGACAGACAAGCGCAGCUCUACGUGGACGUCUUUGCUCAAGUCAUAGAAGAGUUGGGGGCUGAGAUGACCGAGCUGGGAACGCUGGACUUCGCCUGGAUCGACGUGACAUACGAGGACCGGACAAGGAUGAGAGGGGCUGCGCAGGCACAUGGCAUCGAUGUUCGGUUCUCCAAGAGGAACCCCGCAACGAAGCUGCCUCAUGAUAAAGCCGACCAGCUGCUGGUGCUCAGCUACGCAUGGGACUCGAACAGCUUCCCUGGAAACGAAUACUGGCUGAAGCAGCUAUCCGCAAGCGGGGACCCGGCGGCGGCUUGUAUGUCUACAAUUGCCGAACUGCAUAAUCCAGUCAUCAACCGUGACUUUCUGCAGAGGAUGGAGCCUCGCGUAUAUUAUAGUGUCCCAUAUCGUGUGAAGGGCAAUUGA